AGACCGCGGAACCGAAGAAGGCGGAAGUCGAGCAAAUAAAAGCCGACUGGCAAAACAGCGUGACGCUUAAAGUUAGACACAUUUCAGGAAUGGACCGCGAACUUCGUUGAGUCGUGGUAAAUACUCAGGUAGGACCACAUCCCACUGUUGCCAUGCUUUCGGCGGAGGAGAUUCUGUGCAGCACGCAGCAGGUCAUCGCCGGGCUGGAGGCGCUAAGAGGGGAGAAUCGCAGCUUGCUGGAUAGCCUGCAGGGGGCCACAGAGAGCCCCAUGGCGACGGUGGAGGGUGGAAGCGUGGAGCAGGAGAAGAGCGGCAUCAUCCGUCAGUCGCUGGAGAGGAUCGAGCUGGGCCUCAGUGAGGCGCAGGUAAUGAUGGCGCUGUCGGCUCAUUUGGGUUCACUGGAGGCGGAGAAACAGAAACUGAGAGCUCAGGUGCGUCGCCUGUGCCAGGAGAACCAGUGGCUGAGGGACGAGCUGGCCGGCGCCCAGCAGCGUCUCCAGGACCGCGAGCAGGACGUGGUCACCCUGGAGGAGCAGAACCGACACCUGCAGUUCAUGUCCUCCAUACGCAAGUACGACCAGGAGGAGCCGCCGCUGGACAACAAGAACACAUCCUCCAACAAAGAAUCUCUUGACGACCUUUUUCCUGCCGAGGACGAGGAGUCGUCACAAACGCCUCACCACAGCAGCGUGGCCGCCGCGGCCCAGCAGGGCGGCUACGAGAUUCCCGCCCGUCUCCGCACGCUCCACAACCUUGUCAUCCAGUACGCCUCGCAGGGCCGCUACGAGGUCGCCGUCCCCCUCUGCAAGCAGGCCUUGGAGGACUUGGAGAAGUCGUCCGGCCACACCCACCCUGAUGUCGCCACCAUGUUGAACAUCCUGGCGCUGGUGUACAGAGACCAAAACAAAUACAAAGAGGCUGCUAACCUGCUGAAUGAUGCUUUGGCCAUUAGGGAGAAAACACUGGGAUUGGACCACCCUGCUGUGGCAGCCACCUUGAACAACCUGGCGGUGCUUUAUGGUAAACGAGGCAAAUACACGGAGGCGGAGCCACUGUGCAAACGAGCGCUGCAGAUCAGAGAGAAGGUUCUGGGCACGGACCACCCCGACGUGGCCAAGCAGCUGAACAACUUGGCGCUGCUGUGCCAGAACCAGGGCAAGUACCAGGAAGUGGAGCAGUACUACGAGCGCGCUCUGCACAUCUACCAGAGCAGACUGGGCCCCGACGACGCCAACGUGGCCAAGACCAAAAACAACCUGGCGUCCUGUUACCUCAAGCAGGGAAAGUACCGUCAGGCAGAAGCUCUCUACAAGGAGAUCCUCACCAGAGCACACCAGAAGGAGUUUGGAUCUGUGGAAGGUGACGCCCGGCCCAGCUGGUCGGGCGGAGACGAGGCCCAACCCCACCAGGAGGGACCCCUGAGGCGCAGCGGCUCCUUCACCAAACUGCGAGAGUCCAUACGGCGAAGCAGCGAGAAGCUGGUCCGCAAGCUGAAGGGCGCCGGCGUGGAUGACGCCGCCCCAAGGAAUGCUGGGAUGAAACGCGCCAACUCGCUGAAUUUUCUCAACGUUGGAGGAGAAAGUCAAGAUGGCGGCCAGUCGCGCUCGCUGACGGACCAUCGAGGACUGAGCUCCAGCACGCAGAGCCUCACCAGGAGAGGAUCACUUGGCACCAGCUAACGUACACACACACACACACACACACUGAGGGUCCAUUUAUAUUGAUAAAGUAAAAUAGUAUGUGGUUUGUUUUGGUAGCCUACAAACACAAGAUGGAUCUCAGAGUGAAAAAGCACACUGUUCUUGUUUGAGGCACCUCUGAAUGUUCCAGAGAUGUCAUGAAGUGUGUGUGUGACAUGCAGACAUUCUUACUUCAAUUCACAUUCCAGGCGAGGACACAAUCAUUAGUUUGUCGUUACAAGUUCAAUUUAAACUUGCACUUCAGACAUUUUCACUUCUCGUCAUGUCACGGCACAGUUUGUCCACAAGAGGGCGUUUAAAGGCGUGGACUAGAGAUGCGCGGAUAGGCAAUUAUUUCAUCCGCAACCGCAUCAGAAAGUCGUCAACCAUCCGCCAUCCACCCGAUGUAACAUUUGAUCAGAACCGCACCCGCCCGUUGUUAUACAGGUAAAAGCCAGUAAAUUAGAAUA